CCAGUAUUACUCCCUCCACCAGACGACACCAUUUUUUUUUUCCGCUCCACACUUUACAGGCAGCUCGUACCUUCGCAUUUCAGGUCGACGUCGUCCCCGUACCCGUCGGCCACCGUCUCUACGAAGUUGGACUCUUUUUUUUUUUUUUUUUUUUUUGGGUUUUCAGGCGUUUUCUUCUUCCUGGGUGGCGGUCCAGCCGAUCCACGGGCCGCAGGGCUUUGGUGUGCAGCAAACCUGCCGAUGUGACUGGUGAAUCGAAGUUAGGGCUGGGAUUUAUUUUGCAGGAGCAGAUUUUUCUUUUGGCUCCUUAGGGAGGAAUUGAUUUGAGCACAGGGCAUUUUCUGUCUGCUUUCUGUGAACAUGGCGAUGCACGAGAGGAGAACGAUAGAUUUGGAGCAGGGCUGGGAGUUCAUGCAGAAUGGAAUCACGAAGCUGAAGAACAUUCUGGAAGGGCUUCCAGAACCGCAGUUCAGCUCGGAAGACUACAUGAUGCUCUACACAACCAUCUAUAAUAUGUGUACACAAAAGCCGCCUCAUGAUUACUCGCAGCAACUCUAUGACAAGUAUAAGGAGUCGUUUGAGGAGUACAUCAGUUCUACGGUUUUGCCUUCUCUGAGGGAGAAGCAUGAUGAAUUUAUGUUGAGAGAACUGGUUAAAAGAUGGUUGAAUCACAAGAUAAUGGUCAGAUGGCUGUCACGGUUUUUUCAUUACCUUGAUCGCUACUUCAUUGCUAGGAGGUCACUACCGGCACUCAAUGAAGUUGGGCUUACUUGCUUUCGUGAUUUGGUUUAUAAUGAGAUAAAAGUAAAAGUUAGGGAUGCGGUAAUCUCUUUGAUUGAUCAAGAACGUGAAGGAGAGCAGAUUGAUAGAGCUUUGUUGAAAAAUGUCCUGGAUAUUUUUGUUGAGAUUGGGCUGGGGAGCAUGGAGUGCUAUGAAAAUGACUUCGAAGCAGCAAUGCUUGAGGAUACUGCAGCCUACUACUCUCGGAAAGCUUCUAAUUGGAUUUUGGAGGAUUCUUGUCCAGAUUACAUGCUGAAGGCCGAGGAAUGUUUGAAAAGGGAGAAGGAUAGGGUUUCCCAUUACUUGCAUUCUAGCAGUGAGCCUAAGCUGCUGGAGAAAGUGCAACAUGAGCUUUUAUCAGUAAAUGCAACUCAACUCCUUGAAAAGGAGCAUUCUGGGUGCCAUGCUUUACUUCGAGAUGACAAGGUGGACGACCUCUCAAGGAUGUGUAGGCUUUUCUGCAGAAUUCCACGUGGUCUCGAUCCCGUCUCUCAGAUUUUUAAACAACAUGUCACUGCUGAAGGUACAGCUUUAGUGAAACAAGCUGAAGAUGCUGCGAGUAACAAGAAGGCAGAGAAGAAGGAGGUGGUUGGUUUGCAAGAACAGGUUUUUGUUAGAAAAGUGAUUGAGCUGCAUGACAAGUACCUGGCUUAUGUGAACGAUUGCUUUCAGAAUCAUUCCCUUUUCCACAAGGCUCUUAAAGAGGCUUUUGAGGUAUUCUGCAACAAGGGUGUUGCUGGCAGUUCUAGUGCUGAGUUAUUAGCUACGUUUUGUGAUAAUAUACUUAAGAAGGGUGGAAGUGAGAAACUGAGUGAUGAAGCUAUUGAAGAGACGCUUGAAAAGGUUGUGAAGCUGCUUGCAUAUAUUAGUGAUAAAGACCUAUUUGCUGAGUUCUACAGGAAAAAGCUUGCACGGAGGUUACUGUUUGACAAAAGCGCUAAUGAUGAUCAUGAGAGAAGUAUCCUCACAAAACUAAAGCAGCAAUGUGGAGGGCAGUUUACUUCGAAGAUGGAGGGCAUGGUCACUGACUUAACAUUAGCAAGAGAAAACCAAGCAAGCUUCGAAGAAUAUCUCAGCAAUAAUCCACAAGUAAAUCCAGGAAUUGACUUAACUGUCACUGUUCUAACUACUGGGUUUUGGCCCAGCUACAAAUCAUUUGAUCUCAAUCUUCCAGCUGAGAUGGUUAAAUGUGUAGAGGUUUUCAAGGAAUUCUAUCAGACAAAAACUAAGCACCGUAAGCUUACAUGGAUUUAUUCCCUUGGUACCUGUAAUAUCAAUGGGAAGUUUGAAUUCAAGACAAUGGAACUCGUUGUUACAACUUAUCAGGCCUCUGCUCUUCUGCUCUUUAAUGGUUCAGAUAGAUUUAGUUACUCUGAGAUCAUGAAUCUGCUAAAUCUGACAGAUGAUGAUGUUGUCAGAUUACUCCACUCCCUUUCUUGCGCAAAGUACAAGAUUCUUAAUAAAGAGCCAAAUACUAAAACCAUUUUACAAACUGACUAUUUUGAAUUCAAUUCCAAAUUUACUGAUAAAAUGAGAAGGAUUAAGAUACCUCUCCCUCCAGUGGAUGAGAAAAAGAAGGUGAUUGAAGAUGUAGACAAAGAUCGAAGAUAUGCCAUUGAUGCUUCUAUUGUAAGAAUUAUGAAGAGUAGGAAAGUCUUAGGCCAUCAGCAACUAGUAAUGGAAUGUGUUGAGCAGCUAGGCAAAAUGUUCAAGCCCGACUUCAAGGCAAUCAAGAAGCGGAUAGAGGACCUGAUCACCAGAGAUUAUUUGGAGCGGGACAAGGACAAUCCUAACCUGUACAGAUACCUCGCCUGAAGCCUUAACGGUACACUUUCACAGGUGUUCAUAUUUUGCCUACCCUCUUUUUGUGCCUGUCCGCAAUAAUUGUCAAAAUUGAUCAAGGCCUUCGGCUCCACAAUAGUGUUUUCCAUAGCCCUAUAUCCUAAAAUUCUCGAACAAUUUCAGGGUGAGCUCAGAUUAUCUGAAUUCAACUGUGGGGGGGAUUCGGCAAAUUGCAUUUUGGCUCCCUCCUCCCCCUUUUCUCAUUCCCUCACCAUCUAUGCCCUGUAUUGAUUUAUCAGGCCGCUCGUGUACUUUAAUUUCAUAUUACUUGUCCUUAUUUCUUGGGCUUAUUGCAGUUGUCGCAUGUUUUUCAUACUUAAUUAUUGUGUAGAUUGAUAGUUUGUGACCACUUGGGGACUUUGCCAUUUUCUUUCUUUCUUGUGUAAUAAGUUCUCUCUUUUUGGAUUGGGGACUCAACUUGGUAGCAUGAAUUUUACCUGAAUGCACAGAUUAUGAGGUUUGUGAAAA